AUGAGACUGGAUCUACAAUGUCUUCGGGGUAUAGCUAUUCUACUUGUAUUGAUCUUUCAUCUUUUCCCCAAAGUGUUCAUAAAUGGAUUUUUGGGAGUUGACAUAUUCCGAAGAAUUCUUCCUCUAUACUAUCUAAUUGUGUUCUUAAUAGUUCUUCCUCUAUACUAUCUAAUUGUGUUCUUAAUAGAUAAUGCUGGUUUUAUGGCCGUUUUUUGGAACAAAAUCAAAUUUAAAAGUUUCCCUAAAGAAAAAGACGAACAAAAUGGGACUAUUUUUGAAUUUCCAUUUGUCGAAAAAGACCUAUUCACACUAUCUUUGUCAAUUCUGGCAUGCUUUCUAUUACCAAACAAAAUCAAUGUUCUGAUAAUGCGCCCACUGGUCACAUUGGCUACUUCUUUCAUUAUCGUAGCUGAAAAUAAGAAUUGCCGGAUUCUAACAUCUGAAACACUGGGAUAUAUUGGAGACAUCUCACACGUAUUGUAUCUAGUACACUGGCCAGUGAUUGCUAUAUUUCAGCCGUACACAGUUAAAAACUAUGUAUUCGUAAUACUUUUCACUUUCCUGUCUUCUAUCUUCUUCCAUCACUUUUACGAGCAGAAAUAUUUGAAAUUAGAUUCGAAAAUUUUGAUUCCAUUUGUGGUAAUAUUGAUUCUUGGGAACGCUGUAUUGCAGUACAACCUUCAAGAAGUAAUUGAUGCCAACAAAGCACAACUACCGUAUUCCUGGGUUCGCGAGCCGAUAGAUUUCGGCUGCACCGAACAGCCAAUAGACAAUUCAGAAGAGGUUUCCAAAAUAAUCAUCGGUUAUAAUACAUGUCCCAAUGGUCGUGGAAAUAUUUCAAUCAUGAUGAUUGGAAACAGCUACGUUCUGAACAUGAGAAAUCCAAUUCAAGCCCUUUUUAAUUACAAUUACUCAAGUUUCAAAUACAGUGCUCUUGGAGAUUCCUACGGAUUCUACGCAAACAAUCCUGGGUCUUACGCAGCGGUGGAUUACAAUCUGCGAGAGCUUGAACUUUACAAACCUGAUGUCUUGUUCAUAUUGAAUAGAUAUCCUAUAUCCCUCAGAGGACCAAUAGAAGAAAAUGAUGUUCAUGUUCAACAAUUGAAUGAAAACCUCAAGUCUUUUGAGAAGCAUGUGAAGAAAAUUUACAUUAUGGAUACACAUCCGUUAUAUAAAUUUGGAUAUGUUGAUUUCUUUUUGCAAAACGUUGUUAAUCGACCUGAAGCUCUAGAAAGUCUUCAUUUAGACCGUAGAGAAGCGGAUAAAGUAAUGAAAUACACAAAAGAACGAUUCAGUAUGGUGAAAUGGGAAAAGUGUCAAUUCUUCGAUCUCAGCCACGUGUUUCUCGACGGAGAUAAGUAUUUGAAUUUCGACCGAGACACUCUAGUAUCUUAUAUUGACAACACUGUGCAUCUCUCUCCAGCAGGUCUGAAGUUAUGUGAACCUGUGUUUAAAAAAAUUGUUGAAGAAAUUAUGAACGAAAUCUGA